AUGACAAGAUCUCAUGGCGACCGGGAAUCAAAGGCAAAGCUACCACUGGGUGGCCGGCUGGGGGGGACCGCGGGCGAAGGCGUCAGCGACAGCCAGACCGUGAUUCAAACGGCUUUGGCGUUCCGUGACUUUCAAUUUGCAAUAGAAUCGCCGACGGGGCCCGAGUACUGCAGCUUCUUGAAGAGCCUCCUGCCACGGCCCGAUCCCAACGAGCUUUGCGUAUUUACACAUGGCGACGUGUAUCCCGGGAACAUCACGGUCGACAUUGACCCGACUAACCCGACCGAGUAUGUAGUAACGGGUAUCAUUGACUGGGAAGAGAGUGGCUUCUAUCCAGCAUGGUUCGAGGCGACCAAUGUGUUGUACAACUUCAAAGAAUACUAUGAUGAACCCAAGGGCCGGAAUGGCCUGGAAGACUGGUGGCGGUACGUUCCACGGUGCAUUGCCCCUGCCAGCUACCCGACCGAGUGGGCGAUCGGCCGGUUACUCUGCACGUGGCAGAUGAAACUUUGCUUGCGCCUCGCAUACAAGUUGGGCCGCUGA